ACACACACAUACACUAUACACAGCACACAUGACUCUCCAAUGGCCGCUGCUUCAUACGCGGUUGUGUCUCAACUUUGACUAAAACACAUCUGAAGGCUCUUAAUGGGGCGUUUAUUGUUCUUUUCCGGAGCGGACGGGAACUUUACUGCAGCAUUGCCCUGAUCAAACUGCGCGGCAGCAGGACUGAGGCGGUGAGUGGCAGCGGGGGCGGAGUCAACAGGUUCAGAAAGAAAUGCAACUUCAAAAGACUUUUUCAUCGCAAGACAACCACAAUAAGGAAUAUUAAAGGAAAAACCAAAUGGAGGACAUCAUGUCAGAACGCAAAUCCCCGCCGUUGGAUUCACUAAACACAAUCAAAUCUUUUCGGAAGUUAACCUGUGUGAAAUGGAAAUAAAACCCAACAGAAAACCCAUGAACAGCAAAGAAGAGCAACUCCUCCAUUCAUCGGUCUAGACUCCCCCAUUGUUUCUCUAUCUACCGGCAUCACAUUAAAUAAGCAUCACCUAGUCUUUUCUCUGGGCGGCCUUAUGGAUGAAUAACCCUUGCAUAUCACCCACGUCGAGUGUCGUUUUGGAUUCUUCUGUUUGACGGUGGGCGAACUGUAGAGGUGGCCAUGUCUGGUAAGGGCAACCCCAGCCCACACCUCAAUGGCUUCCCAAUGGCCCACUUUUCCUAUUUCUUCCCGCACAUGCUGGGGGGGCUUUCUCCACCUUCACUUCCCACUCUGCCCCUCAGUGGAUACAGCACACCUUCGCCAGCCACUAUUGAGACCCAGAGUACGAGUUCAGAAGAGAUCGUCCCGAGCCCACCCUCUCCACCCCCUCCUCCUCGCAUCUACAAGCCCUGCUUUGUGUGUCAGGACAAAUCUUCAGGGUACCACUAUGGCGUCAGUGCCUGUGAGGGCUGCAAGGGUUUCUUCAGGCGAAGCAUUCAGAAGAAUAUGGUGUACACGUGCCACCGAGAGAAGAACUGCAUCAUCAACAAAGUCACCCGCAACCGCUGUCAAUACUGCCGGCUGCAGAAGUGCCUGGAAGUGGGGAUGUCCAAAGAAUCGGUGAGGAAUGACAGAAAUAAGAAGAAGAAAGAAGAGAAAAAGCCCGAAUGCACAGAGAACUACACGCUGAGCCCAGACACAGAGCAGAUGAUCGACAGAGUUAGAAAAGCCCACCAAGAGACCUUCCCCUCGCUCUGUCAGCUCGGCAAAUACACCACGAGUAAUAGCUCGGAGCGGCGUGUGGCCCUGGAUGUGGAUUUAUGGGAUAAGUUUAGCGAACUCUCCACAAAGUGUAUCAUAAAGACAGUGGAGUUUGCUAAGCAGCUGCCAGGGUUCACCACCCUUACCAUCGCAGACCAGAUCACCCUGCUGAAGGCCGCCUGCCUCGACAUACUGAUUCUGAGGAUCUGCACCCGCUACACGCCCGAGCAGGACACCAUGACGUUCUCUGAUGGUUUAACACUCAACCGAACACAGAUGCACAACGCAGGCUUCGGUCCGCUAACAGACCUGGUGUUCGCUUUCGCUAAUCAGCUACUACCGCUAGAGAUGGAUGACGCUGAGACGGGACUGCUCAGUGCUAUAUGUCUGCUGUGUGGAGAUCGGCAGGACCUGGAACAGGCUGAUAAGGUGGAUGUACUGCAGGAACCCCUUCUGGAAGCACUGAAGAUCUACGUGAGGAACAGAAGGCCACACAAACCACACAUGUUCCCUAAGAUGCUGAUGAAGAUUACUGAUCUGAGGAGCAUCAGUGCAAAGGGAGCGGAGCGUGUGAUCACCCUGAAGAUGGAGAUUCCGGGCUCCAUGCCUCCUCUAAUCCAGGAGAUGUUGGAGAACUCUGAGGGUUUGGAGAGCUCCUCAGGCGCACAGGGCUCACGGGCCUCCGCCACUACUCCGGGCAGUUGUAGCCCCUCCCUCUCUCCCAACUCCGCCCAGAGCAGCCCGCCCACACAGUCACCGUGACAACCAUCAUCUAAACCAUCAUUAGCCACUUACGGACUACUGUGUGCUCUCCCGACACACUCGAAAAACACACUCUCAGUGCCGAUACUCUGCCUGUGGGAGAAUCAAAGCUGUGUUACCGGAAUUUUUAUUUUUUUUCCUCAGAUCAGACUGUGAUUGUAUUCCUCCUUAAUUCCCAAGGGGGGACAAGGGUGAAGAAAGAAAAGAAAAAAGAAAAAAAAAACUUAAGAAUGAAUGAAUGGACAAAUUUGUAGAAGGACUUUUCUUCUGCUUCGAUUCUUCUGGCCUGCAAUGACCAGAGACUGAUUUCCUACAAACUAAAAACACAUAAAUAUAUAUAGAGAAAACCUGGAAUGAUUGUGAUUGCGAAUAGAAUGAAACAUGGACUUGAUGUAAAAAUGCAUUUCCUCACUUUUUCUCUUAAUGCCUGUGAAAGGACAAAGAGUGAAUUGUUUUCUUUCAGACUGAUUAUGAUGUUUUUCAUGGAGAAAAAAAAACAUUGAAAAGAUUAUUAAUUUUCACUCACAAAAUUGUGCACAGAAGAUAUAAAAAUGGUUGCAAAAAAACAAAGUUUGUGUGAUGUUUUCUUUCCUUGAUUUGUCUUCAAGCUACUAGCAAAUUUCUCCAGAAUUUCUACUAUAUUUUAAUAUAGUGUGUUUUGCUUAAUAUUUGAUAGAUGAAGUUCUAAAAAUGUCAAUAAGAAUUCUCAAGGCCCUGAUAUACUUUCUGCAAAUGUGGAUCUUUGUUGCUGAGAAGUAAACAAAUUCUGAACAUCGGA